GCCUUUAACUUUUAACACUUCAACAAUCAUUUUCCAAAAUUGUAAGGAGAACACAAAUAUUACAGAAAUUCAAAAAUGGAAAACAAAGCCUACUUCAUCUGCUGCUUAUGUAUUUUCACUUACAUGGCCACUUUUCCUGCAGUUGACAUGAUUGAGGAGGUUGAUGUUGUACUCAAAAGACAACAUGGGAAACACAAGCAUGGUGAUGUUAAGUUAUUUGUUUUUGGAGAUUCAUAUGUAGAUACUGGUAAUUGGCCAAAAUCUACGUCAAGUUCUUGGAAGGAACCUUAUGGUUUCACUUAUCCUGGUUUUCCUUCUGGAAGAUUCUCUGAUGGCCUUGUACUCACUGAUUUUAUUGCUUCAUUCCUUGGCAUAAGAUCUCCACAACCUUAUACUAAUAGGAAGGGAUCAUCACAAAGUGAUAAUUAUGGGGUGAAUUUUGCAUAUGGAGGCACAGGUGUAUUCAACACUUUUGUUAACCAACCAAACAUGACAACACAAAUAAAUUAUUUUCAACAGCUAUUUGAAGAUGAGGAACAAGUGUACAACAAAGAGAACAAGAGUUCAUCUAUUGCUCUUGUGUCUGUGGCAGGCAAUGACUAUGCUACUUUUCUCACCAAAAAUAACAACAAUAUGGAGGUAAUUAAUUAUAAGUUGUUAAACUAA